UGACGCUGAACCGCAGCCCCUCUGUCGUUUUCGGCCCCGCUGAUCUCCGUUUCUUCUUUCCAGAUAUUCAGGAGCAGAGGAGAGAAAAUUAGCAAAAAUGAAUGAAGAUUACGACGUUAUCGUGCUGGGCACUGGGCUCACGGAAUGCAUUUUAUCAGGAAUCAUGUCAGUGAAGGGGAAGAAGGUGCUGCACAUGGACCGAAACUCCUACUACGGAGCUGAGAGUGCCUCCAUCACACCUCUCGAAGACCUCUACAAGCACUUCAACCUUCCUGGCAAACCUCCUGAGUCGAUGGGAAAAGGCCGGGAUUGGAACGUGGACCUCAUUCCAAAAUUCCUGAUGGCCAAUGGUCAGCUGGUCAGGAUGCUGCUGAUCACACAGGUGACUCGCUACCUUGAUUUCAAAGUGGUCGAGGGCAGCUACGUGUUCAAGGGGGGUAAAAUCCACAAAGUCCCGGCGACUGAGGCUGAGGCUCUGUCGUCUUCCCUGAUGGGAAUAUUUGAGAAACGCCGCUUCAAAGGUUUUGUGAGCUGGGUCUCCAACUAUGACGUGGAUGACCCUAAAACCUGGAAUGGCCUGGACCCCAACAAGUCAACUAUGGAAGACGUUUACAAGAAGUUUUGUCUGGACCAGAACACCCAAGACUUCACCGGCCACUCCCUUGCACUGUACCGCACAGAGGAUUAUAAAGGAAAGCCGUGCAUCGAAACGAUAAACAAGAUAAAACUUUACAGCGAGUCUCUGGCCAGAUAUGGAAAAAGCCCAUACCUGUACCCGCUGUAUGGCUUGGGAGAACUUCCACAAGGUUUUGCAAGGCUGAGUGCGAUCUUUGGAGGUACAUAUAUGUUGAACAAGCCUGUGGAAGAGAUCGUGAUGGAGAACGGGAAAGUGGUGGGAGUCAAAUCUGAGGGAGAGAUCGCCAGGUGCAAGCAGCUCAUCUGCGACCCCAGCUACGUCCCAGGUCAAACUAGAAAAGUGGGUCAGGUGAUCAGAGCCAUCUGCAUCUUGAGUCAUCCCAUCCCCAACACCAAUGACGUCAAGUCGUGUCAGAUCAUCUUCCCCCAGAACAUGGUCAACCGGAAGCACGACAUCUACGUUUGUAUGAUCUCCUUUGCUCACAACGUGGCUGCACAGGGGAAGUACAUCGCCAUCGCCAGCACCACGGUGGAGACAAAUGAUCCUGAAAAAGAGCUCAAAAUCGCUUUGGAUUUGCUGGAGCCAAUCGACCAGAAGUUCAUCAGCAUCAGCGACUUAAAUGAACCCACUGACAUGGGAACUGAAAGCCAGAUUUUCAUCUCCCGCUCGUAUGAUGCCACAACUCACUUUGAAACCACCUGCGAUGACAUCAAGAGCAUCUACAAGAGGAUGACAGGCUCAGACUUUGACUUUUCUGAGAUGGAGCGCCAGAAGAACGACAUCUUCGGUGACUGUGCAGAGUAGAGGCGACACUCCUGGUUAUCAAAGAUGACGCUGCCGGCAACUGAAAUCUUACAAAAACAGAAAAUCUACAUAAAAAUGUACACGCCAAUGGGCUGGCUGAGGUAUAUGGUUGGCCCAUUGAGGCAGUUCACGAUAUAUAUAGAGAAAUGAUAUAGUAUUGUUGGAUAGGGUUCAGGGAGGGAGCUGUGCUUUUUUCAAGUCAAAUUCAAAUGAUUGUUGCACUAAAAAACAGCGAUCCCAUUCAAGUUUCUGCUUCGUCACGCUCAGUGAUGCAUGCUCCAAAGAUGCCAAAUCAAAUGAUAAUUCAUAAUCAGUAGUAUUGUCAGAGUUAUUGUAUUUUUUUCUGUGGGGGUGGGGUGGGGUGGGGGGGUCAUUUUUCCGUCAUUAUAUAAAAGAUAUUUUUCAUAUCAGGGUAGGAGGAAGUGGCUUGACUUUGUGCAUCUGUAAUAAAUCAUGUUGGUAUCUAAAUGUUUGGACUCUUCUGUAUUCAGGCAACCCGACUGUGGGUUUUUCCUAAAGGAUGCGAUUGUAAAGUUGUCAUAACCUCUUUUUCAACUUUUCUCCACUUAUUCUGCAUAAGCCAAGUCAAACAGGCACCAGCAUAACCCUUCUGAACCUCUUCUCAACAGCUUCAGCUACUAUAAGAGGAGAUAUAUUAGUUCCUGUAUUAUGCAAAUUGAUGGAUGGCCUGUGCUUUAGCAACGGGUUAACAGGGAGUGUGACUGACUGUAAUUGCUUAAGAAGGACCAAAUGUGUACUGCAGCAGUAUUGAAUUGAUGAGAGCUCUUUGAUAUUCUCUGUUUUAAACAACUUUAUGAAAGAAAAAAACAUCUUGGGCUCAAAUGAUUUCUGUACUGCAAAGUAAAAUCAACUUUGUCAAAAACCAA